AUAGCUUGUAUAGCUUGCCAUCCCUAGCCCUGCACCGGCAUUUACGACUCGUAAAAUUCAUAGCAAAUUCCACGUAAGAUUUACGGUACAAGCAACUGAAUUUUACCAAUCUAUUGCGAUUAGUCAGAACUGAUCGGAAAAAUGCAAGGCAUGAGGAGCAGGAGCUUGUUGGUGCUAAUACCGUUCCUGGUGGCCUUACUUCUGGCGAGCGAAACUUCGGCAAGCGGAGAAGUUCUUCGACCCGUUGGAGUCUCGUUGGCAAAGGCUGCCCUUUACCAGCCUCGAGCGGACAAAAGUUGGACUUGUUUGGACGGAAGCCGAAGCAUACCCUUCACCCAGAUUAACGAUGACUAUUGCGACUGUCCCGACGGAAGCGACGAACCAGGAACCUCUGCCUGUGCUCAGGGAAAAUUCCAUUGUCUGAACAAGGGCCAUCAGCCGAUUGACAUUCCCAGUUCCCAGGUGCAGGACGGUAUCUGUGAUUGCUGCGAUGGCAGCGACGAGUCCCAGUUGGUGGCCUGUCCCAACACCUGCCAGGAGCUCGGAGCAGCUGCAGCGGUCCAGCGCAGGAAUGAGGCUGAGCUGUUUAAGAAAGGUGCUGAGCGUCGUCAGGAGCUGAUUACCCGCGGCAAGCAAAUGCGAGCCGAGCGUGAGUCUCGCCGUCUGGAACUGGAUCAGCGUCUUAAGGAGCAGGAGCUUCUCCGCACCGAAAAGGAGCAGUUGAAGCAGAACGCGGAAGCUUUCGAAACUGAGGCCAUCGAUGCCUUCAAGGAGCAGCAUCGGGAAUUGGAUACGGAUACCGCCAAAGCCGAGGAGGAACCAAAAGAGAUGCGUAAGGAGGCCUCGCUAAGCUUUAUAGAAUAUGACACCAACACGGACGGCUUUGUGGAGGUAACUGAGCUCAUGGUCGACAUGGUCUUGGACAAGGAUCGCAACGGCGUCGUUACCAAAGAGGAGGCCAGGUACUUCCUGGACGAGCGCGACCGCGUGGACAUAGAUGCCUUCAUCACCUUAUCUUGGCCCAGAAUUAAACCUUUGAAGAUGCUCGCCGAAGGUCUGUUCCAACCACCCACACCGGAGGAUUCUACUGGAGAUGCAGCCCAGCAGACAGAAGCUACCCCUGAAAAAAUCAACCCAACUUCUCCACAUCUUAAUGAUGAACAAGCCGAUCUGGCUGGGGACGAUGACAUCGAGGCUGACGAGGAGGGCGACGAAGAUCAGUACGAUGACGAAGAGCCCGAUGUUGGAGUUGGUGAGGCCACCCCAGACGUGGAGGAUGCUAAACCUCCUGUUUACGACCCGGAGACUCAACGUCUGAUCCAGCAGGCUAACGAGGCGCGCAAUGCUCUGGAGGAAGUGGAGCGCAGCAUUCGGGAGAUAGAGCAUGAGGUCAAAGAGAUCGACGAGCAGAAUGGCAAGGACUACGGUCCCAACGAAGAGUGGGCUGUGCUGGAUGGCCAGUGCUAUACCUUCGAGGAUCGGGAGUAUGUUUAUACGCUGUGUCCCUUCGACCGGACUUCUCAGAAGUCGAGAAGCGGCGGAGCCGAAACAACUCUGGGACGAUGGGAGCAGUGGAUCGGCCAACCCAAGAAGUAUUCCCAGCAAAAGUACGCCAACGGCGCCGCGUGUUGGAAUGGCCCCUCACGUUCUGCCAUUAUCAACAUCAAAUGUUCCCUGGAGCCAAAGAUCACUGCCGUCAGCGAACCCAACCGCUGUGAAUACUACUUUGAGUUCGAGACUCCUGCUGCCUGCGACAGCGAAGCUUUCCAGGCCGAGACGGAUAACCUGCACGACGAACUCUGAAAAGGCCACAAGUUGAAGCGCAAAGAGGAAAGGCAGAGGGGUAGAAGAUCAGCCCCUUGGGAAUUGUAUUUUAGUUGUAAACAGAGAACAUUAUUUUGUCGAGAUCAUUCCUAAGCUGAGGCAGGAGGAACAUGGAACAUCAUCAAGAAUGUAGCGAAUUAUUUCAGUGUAUGCAUUUAAGAAAAACCGUAAAACGUUUCAUUUUGAAUAAAGUGUAAACACCUAGUAUUUUUAAA